CUGGCGCAGUUUAUUUUUUCACAACACAGCUGACAGGUUGGGGUUGCUGGAGAGGAAGCUCUCUAUUAGCCCUUCAAAAUACAGAAAUUAAAUCUUCGAAAUAAGAUAGAGGAUGUCUGUGGCUGCACUCCGUCUGAUACGCUGCAGGAGGCUGAGCAGCACCUCUGGCCCUGGUGUGAAGAAGGUGCUGCCGUGGAGGGACAUCAGGAAAAUUGCAAAGAUGACCGGAGCUGUCAUAUUGGGGGGUUGCAUGUUUAUCACAUACGAGGUGGUUUCCUUGAACAAGGCGGUACGCAUCGACACGCAGGCCAUUCAGCAGGAAAAGCUCAAGUCCUACAUCUACCUGUCAGCCACGCCCUCUAAAGAGCAGGAGAACCUUGGCACAGGGCUCACAUAUAAGGCCAGGAGAGAACUUCAUAAAGCAGCAAGGAGGUUUCUGGAAGUUUCCUCAAGGAUUCUUCUGAGGCCUCUGGAUGCUGCCCCGGCUGCCCGGCCGAUGAUAACAGCAGAGCACCUGAGUCAUAUGGAUGCGGACCCCCAUGAGGUGGCGCUGUGGGUCCUGUUGAAGAGGGCUUGUUCAGCCAAUAGGACCAGCAGACUGUCAGCUGUACAGGAGCUGGCCCAGAACCACCACUGGCAUGACUACCAGUACCAGACAGCUGCGCAGGCUAUAGACCAGAGGACAGCAUUGGGUCUGGCCCGCACCUCUCAAGUGGACCAACGCUUCUUCCUGUCCCCGCCUGUCCUGCCUUGGAUGGAAGAUAGGUUGUCUGUAGAAGACGGUCUGAGGCAGCUGCUGGCAUCUCUCCCCCAGUCUGAGGUGGACCAGUGUGUCCAGUACUUCACCUCACUGGCCCUGAGGGAGAGUACCCAGUCCCUGGCUGCACAGAGGGGGGGUCUGUGGUGUUUUGGUGGGAAUGGACUGCCCUAUGCCCAAAGCCUCACUUCUGUCCCCUCUGAGAAGGUUGAAUCCUUCUGUCUACAGGCUCUAGUGCAGCACUCCAAGGUCCAGAGUCACUGCGACCACAUCGUGGCCAACGGGGGCCUGCAGCUCCUUCAGAGGGUCUACCAGCUCCGCAGAGACUCCCCGAAGAUCCAGAGAAACAUUGUACGCAUCAUCGGCAACCUGGCUCUCAACGACAGUGUGCACCAAGCCAUAGUACAGUCAGGUUGGGUGCCAGUGCUAGCAGAGAUGAUGCAGUCUCCACACAUCAUACAGGCGUCCCAUGCUGCUCGGGCUCUGGCCAACCUGGACAGGGAGACGGUCAAGGAGAAGUACCAGGAUGGAGUCUACGUGUUACAUCCCCAGUGCCGAACCAGCCAGCCAAUCAAAGCGGAUGUUCUCUUUGUUCACGGGCUCCUGGGGGCGGCCUUUAAGACGUGGCGGCAGAAGGACUGUGACCCUACAGAGGAGGAGAAGGCAGCGGGUGUCAGCGAGGACUACACAGAGUGCUGGCCCAAGUCAUGGUUGGCUGCAGACUGCCCCAACCUGAGGGUUCUAUCUGUGGAGUAUGACACUCACCUAAGUGACUGGAGAGCCAAGUGUCCUGUUGAAAACCAGAGGAUGUCUCUGGCCUAUAGGAGUCGAGAGCUGCUGAAGAAGCUAAAGUCUGCAGGAGUAGGAGACAGGCCUGUGGUCUGGGUUUCACAUAGCAUGGGAGGUUUGCUGGUGAAGAAGAUGCUGCUAGAUGCGUCGAGGGACCCAGACAUGAAAGAACUGAUGAAGAACACCAAGGGUGUCAUGUUCUACAGUGUGCCCCACCAUGGCACCUUCAUGGCAGAGUACUCUGUCAACGUCAGAUACCUCCUCUUCCCCUCCGUAGAGGUCCGGGAGCUCUGCAGAGACUCUCCAGCGCUGCGUGACCUGAAUGUCAACUUCCUGAACAUGGCCAAGGACAGGGAGUUCAAUGUGCUGAGCUUUGCAGAGACGAUGCCCACCACCAUCGGCCCCAUGAUCAAGAUACUGGUGGUGCCAACGCAGUCAGCAGAUCUGGGCAUUGGGGACCUGGUCCAGGUGGAUGUGGAUCACCUCAAUAUCUGCAAGCCUGAGAAGAAAGACUCGUUCCUCUACAAGCGCAGCCUACAGUUCAUCCAGGAUGCACUGAAGGGCUACACCAGCCACUGACAUGUCAACAGCCGUUUUGAGGCUUGAAUUGGAAGACUAAGGAGUACUGGCGCACAGAACUGUCUCUCUUUAGUACUGGCGCACAGAACUGUCUCUCUUUAGUACUGGCGCACAGAACUGUCUCUCUUUGUUGCACAUUUAAAGAAAUGUGUUUACACAAAAAUAUACAUUUUAUGUAUGUAUGAAGAAUUAAUGAAAACAUAUUAAUUGGGUUUAUUCUAGAAAAUGGUGCUCCACUUGUUCUCCAGCUAGAUAUCACCUAGCACUUAUGAAGCAGAUGAGUUUUAUUUAAAAGAUUAAAAAAAUUCUCAACCAUGUUUACAGGUAGUUUAAAGCUGUAAAAAAGACAGUAUAUUGACUUUUCUAGUUCUUCUUCCCCUUUGUCCUUGAUCCUGGUCAAGUAGACAUUUUAACAUUUCAUGUGUACUGCACUUACUGUACUUUAACCAAAAGACACUACUACCUUGCAACUCAUUCAUUGAUUACACAGUAUGAAUUCGGGGCUUGAGUGGUGUGCUUAAGGUAGACUUAUUUUAUUUCAUUUUAGUUAACUUAAGAGCUGUAAGUGUAUAUAUAUAUAUAUUAAAACUUAAAGCAUUGCCUUGUUACUGUAUGUACCAUACUGUAUUAUUUCCUCAAGCCUUACCUCAGAUACACAUGAAAUAUGUUUAAGACUGGUUGAUAUGUAUAUUUUGUUGAACUGGAACCUGGCCACGUGAUGCUCACUAACUCCAUUGUAUUGCUAAUUAAGACUUAACUUGUAUUUAUCAAUGUAACAAGAAGUCAUGCAUAUGGCUCAUUUACAUUUGAACUUUGACAGACAUGUCCAUGUCAAAUCAACUAUGUGCAAAAUAAAAAGCAGUAAUGGUAAGAGAA